AUGUCCAUGUACUCGGUGGCAUCAGACAUGCCUGGUGCCCCCCCAGGAACUGGGCAGCAGUCGGUUCAGGUCAGCACCACCACGCUGCUCUCCAUUCACAACAUCUACGUCGAGGGCAAGCCCUACGCUCUCGAUGCAAGCUCCAGUCUCGUCGUCAACACGUGGCUCACGGCCAACCCCCCUCCACCAAACCACUCGACCGGAGGCACCAUCGACACAGCUCUCGGAGCUCGGGCGUGGGAGCACGCCAGGCGAAGGGCAGAGGAUGGCUGCAUAAUUCUCAGCUCUUUACACACCUCGACGCCGUCCGUCCUCGUGCCUUUUCUUCAACAUGGUCUGCCUAUGCAGAUGACGCCCAUGCUAUUCAAGGCCCUCGAAGCAAUUCUCCCCUUCAUCCGUUGUGUGACUCCACACAACCCAUCUACUCCUCGCCAGGCCGGCCUCGCUGUGACCUUGACACUCAACCUCGCCGGCGAGCUCCACGCUGCCUCCGUGGCACUCUCUCAAGGCGGCAUCGACACGAACAAGGGCCUGCUUAAUAUUACUUCUGAGGCUGGGAACCGUGCUUUUGAUGUGUUCUACUACCUUCUUAACGCGGGUGCGACUCCGGCGGAGCGCGAGUUCCUCGGCCUCAAGAGCCCUGAAAGCUACACCCUCCUGGCACGCUCCAACACCUACCAGCCACCUUCGUACCUCAUCAAUGGCGAUGACGGGGCGGCUGCCGAUGACUUCCGCGAUGCUCUGAAGCAGAUCGGCAUCAAGGGCUCAGCCCACAGGAACCUCAUCUCAACCCUCGCCGGGCUGUUGAAGCUUGGAAACACCCUUGACUAUCAGAUCGACGAGGACGCCUUCGAUGAUAUCAUCGAGGAUGCCAGUGGCCUGCUCGGCAUCGAGCCUGAGGUGCUUGCAACUCAAUGCAGCACCGAAGACAGGUCGACGUUCAUCGGUGGUCUUUACGAGGCUCUCGUGGACUGGGUUAUUACCAAGGCAAACGCUGCGAUCGCUGCCGAGAUGGGUCGCGCACCUCGCAGCGGAAGUGAUAUCUCUGGUAGCGACAACGGAGCGCGGACAAGCAACACCGACAACGACAACGAGGACACGGUCUGCAUCACCGUUUUGGAGAUCCCCGACCCAAGUCUCGGCAAGGCGAUGGCUCUUCGCGGCAUUUUUGACGACACCACCGGCAUCAACGCCGAGAUGAAGCAAGACGGCAUCGACGUUCCCGCAGCUGGAAGCUCGGUUCUUCGCGAAAUGCAGAAUGCCGUGAAUUCCGUUGCCCCGGAUCUGGGGAUCAUGUCUGGCCCAGCCGGACGCGAGAGAGAGCACGAACUCGAGAAGCGCGAAGAAGUGCUGGAGAAGCUUGCCCUUGCUGCCGACCAAGAUGGCUUCCUUAAGAAGCUGCUGUUCCCUGUCGAGGGUGAGGGCAUCAACCUGGGCCGAAAUGCGCGAGUGGACCUGCAGAAUUUGCUGAGCAGUAGCCGCGCUUGGUACCAUCUCUCCCUCCACCCGACUGAUGACUCGCCAGCCAGUAUCGCUGGACUGCCAUCCAUCACCUCUGCCUGGUCUGCAGGCUGUGUCUCGCGCCAGCUGCGCGCCUGGAGGUUGCCUGAGUGGGCCAACCGGCGGAACAAGAACUUGGAUUUCACAGCAGACUUCGACCAUGAUGAAUUCGUUCAGCGUUAUUCGAUCCUCGGAUGCAAGGACGGAAAGGAUGGCAUCGAGGGCUGGCUUCUCGAGAGGGGCUGGAGCAAUGGCGAGGUAGCUGUUGGCAACGAGCGUGUGUGGAUGCAUGAGAACGCAUGGUGGGAGGCCGAGGGCAUGAUUGACAACAGGCAAAUCACAGGAGCAGGCGUGGGAGUGGGCAUCGGAAUGGGCGGGUUCAUGGCAUCAACUGGUCUAGAAACGGGCUAUUCCGCCAACACCAACGGCAGUGGGUAUUUUGGCCAGUCUCCAUUCGCCGACGCCCAUGCGAACGAGAGCAACGAUGCUCUCAUCCAUUCGAGAAACCGCAGCCAAGCCACCUUGCUUGGCCCAGCUGCUCUCGGAUUGGGCCCUGGUGGUUCCCGGGCACCGUCCAUCGCUCCUUCGCAGCAGGCCCAGAGCAUGCGCGCGCCACCCAAGGGUGACUAUGGCCUUGGAACGAAAGGUGACGACCAUCGCCACGAAGAUCAGUACUACUACAACAAAGAAGGCGAAUUCGUCGGCAUGAUGGACCCCGAACUUGCUGAGGGCAAGAAGAUCGAGGAGGAACACGUGGACAAGAGCCGGCGUAUCUGGGUUGCUGUUGUCUGGGCGCUUACGUUUUGGAUCCCCUCGUUCCUCCUAAGCUUCAUCGGUCGGAUGAAGCGCCCGGAUGUGCGCAUGGCCUGGCGAGAGAAAUUCGUGUUGUGCUUCUUCAUUGUCCUCGCCAACGCACUCAUCAUCUUUUGGAUCAUCUGGUUCGGCCUCCUGCUAUGUCCCAAUUUCGACAAAGCCUGGACAGUAAACGAGGUGUCUAAGCAUCAGGCAGACAAUGAUUUCUGGGUCAGUCUGCAUGGCCACGUCUACGACAUCUCCAAGUUUUGGAAGACACAACACAGUGACACCAACAUCAAGACCACCCAAUCCAACAUGGAACCGUUCGCUGGCGCAAAUCUCGACGGAUAUUUCGUGCGGCCACUGAUCAUUACAUGUCCUGGAGUUGUGACAGACAAGACCCUCAGAUUGACUCCAAACACAACCGUCACCAUCCCCACUGGAUUGCACACUUCGGGAUACUACCAAGCAGACCCUACAACGGCUCUGGCCAACGCAAACUGGUACUAUGACACUUUCAAGCCCAAGAUCAAGGAGUACUACAAGGGCGAUGUCACGUGGGACACAGACAAGGUCUAUUCUCAAGGCCAGGCUGGAUACCACAACUGGGUCAUUUACGACGGCGCCGUCUACGAUCUGACUGAUUAUUUCCACACUCAGGACAUCAUGAACAACCUGGAUGCCUAUGCCUUCCUUGACAGCGAUUUGACAGAUGUUGUGUCGGACAAUCUCGGCGAAGACGUCACAUCUAAGUGGAACGCCCUUUUCAAAGACGCUACACACAACGCCACCAAGUCAGCCAGCCUGCAGAACAGCUUCAACUGUAUCAAGGAAACCUUCUACGUUGGCAUCAAGGAAUUCCGGUACAGCGCUAGGUGCCAGGCCAACAACUAUAUUCUGCUCGCCUUUACCAUCUUGCUCUGUACUGUGAUCGUCGUCAAGUUCUUGGCUGCCCUGCAGUUCGGCUCCAAGCGGCGUCCCGCCCCACAGGACAAGUUCGUCAUCUGCCAGGUUCCGGCUUACACCGAGGGCGAAGAUUCACUCCGGAAGGCUCUGGAUUCUCUCACAGCUCUCCAGUACGACAACAAGCGGAAGCUCAUUUGCGUUAUCUGCGAUGGUGUCCUCACCGGUGCCGGCAACGACCGCCCCACGCCAAAGAUCGUGCUCGAUAUUCUUGGAGUUGAUCCUAAACUCGAUCCGCCUGCCCUACCCUUCAAAUCAGUCGGUACCGGAAGCGAGCAGCUUAAUUACGGCAAAGUUUACUCCGGUCUCUACGAGUAUGAAGGCAACGUCGUCCCUUAUAUUGUAGUCGUCAAGGUCGGCAAAGAGUCUGAGCAGAAGAAGUCGAAGCCAGGUAACCGGGGCAAGCGUGACUCUCAGAUCCUGCUCAUGAGCUUCUUGAACCGCGUGCACCAUCGGGCUCCUAUGAGUCCUCUUGAGCUUGAGAUGUUCCACCAGGUCAACAACAUCAUCGGUGUUGACCCCGAGCUCUACGAGUACUUGCUUAUGGUAGACGCUGAUACUACCGUCCGUGAAGACUCUCUCAACAGACUGGUCGCCGCUUGUGCCAACAACGCCAAGAUCGCUGGUAUCUGUGGUGAAACUAGCUUGCAGAACGAGGAACGGUCGUGGUGGACGAUGAUCCAGGUCUACGAGUACUUUAUCUCUCACAACUUGGCCAAGGCAUUCGAGUCACUGUUUGGCAGUGUUACUUGUCUGCCUGGAUGUUUCACCAUGUAUCGACUUCGGACUUCUGACCGAGGCAAGCCGCUCAUCAUCUCAGAUGAAAUCAUUCGAGAGUACAGUGACUGCCGCGUGGACACCCUCCACAAGAAGAAUCUGCUAUCCCUCGGAGAGGAUCGUUUCUUGACCACACUCAUGACCAAGCACUUUCCUUACAUGUCAUACAAGUUCACCGGAGACGCCUACUGUCAAACGGCCGCGCCUGAGACAUGGAGUGUCCUGUUGUCUCAGCGUCGACGAUGGAUCAACUCGACGAUUCACAACCUGGCCGAGUUGAUGUGGCUCAAGGACAUGUGUGGGUUCUGCUGCUUCAGCAUGAGAUUUGUCGUCCUGAUUGACCUCACUGGUACCAUUAUCCUCCCGGCAACUACCAUAUACCUCGGAUACCUCAUCUACAGGGUUGCCAGCCACACGGGUCAAUUCCCGAUGAUCUCAAUCAUCAUGAUCGCAGCCGUAUACGGUCUUCAGGCACUUAUCUUCAUCCUCAAGAGACAAUGGCAACAUAUUGGCUGGAUGAUCAUCUAUAUCAUGGCCUACCCCGUCUACUCUUUCAUCCUACCCAUCUACUCCUUCUGGAACCAGGAUAACUUCUCCUGGGGUAACACCCGUAUUGUCAUCGGCGAGAAGGGCCAGAAGCAGAUCGUGGCUGUUGAUGACGAAGGCUUUGAUCCUCGCAGCGUUCCUUUGCAACGCUGGGACGAUCACGCGUUGCAGAACAACUUGCCUGGUCGUCGUGGCUACACUGAGAAGGGCGGCAUGCAUGACAUGAACAACCCUUACGACGCAGGCGGUGUUGAAUAUGAGCUUGACGACAUGAAGUCCGUGUACUCGUCCGUACGUCAGCCUUCGGUCCUGACUGGCGCGCUCGGCCGCGGAGCUUACAUGGCUCCUCCGCAAUCCCCUGCGCCGUUCCAGCAGCACAUGAGCCGCAACUCGACAUUCACGACGCCGUAUACAGAUCACCCGGGCAUGGCGCAGAGGCACUCCACAUUCAGCGUUGGCACGGGCCUUGACCGGGGCAACUCGCCUUAUCAAGACCGCGCACAGUCACACCUGGGCAUGGGCGCUGCGCAGUCUCGCGCUGGCACGGCCAUGAGCGGGUACAUGCAGCAGAACCAGUCUACGUUGUCGGUAGACUUCACUCGCGGCCCUGGCAUGGCCGGCCCCGAUGACUUGGUCAUCACCGAGUGUAUCCAGGCCGUCCUGCGGGAGGUCGACCUCGACACCGUCACCAAGAAGCAGGUGCGCGCGCUGGUGGAGCAGAGGUUGCAGACCGAGCUUGCGGGCGAGAGGAGGACUUUCAUGGACCGGCAGAUCGACAACGAGCUGGCGAACAUGUAA